GCAAAAUCUCAUUUACAUUUCUGAACCAUGGAAAUUGGAAGAGAAGAAGCUGAGAUUGAAACAAUGGGGUCUAUGCAGAUUGCAGGCAGCAAUGGGUUUGGUCACAACAGCGAGUUCAUGUCCCAAGCUUACCUCAGAAACAGGUACUCUGAGAUUAACAUCGAGGAUGCAACUUCGAGCAUUGACAGAGAUCACCCGCUUCCCAUAUUUCUCAAGUUUGAAGAUGUGGAGUUCAAGGUGAAAAACAGCCAAGCUUCUACUGUGAAUCCACUGAAGGCAGUGGUGUCGAAAGUGGCCGCACAGCUAAGCCUGGAGAAGGAUUACAAGCAAAUCCUGAAGGGCAUUACAGGAAGCAUUGGCCCUGGUCAAAUCCUGGCCCUAAUGGGUCCUUCAGGAAGUGGGAAAACAACCUUGUUGAAGAUCAUUGGAGGAAGAUUGACAGAAAAUGUUACAGGGAAAAUAACUUUCAAUGACAUUCCUUAUAAUCCUGCUCUCAAAAGAAGGAUUGGAUUUGUGACACAAGAUGAUAUAUUAUUCCCUCAGUUAACUGUAGAAGAAACUCUACUGUUUGCGGCAUUUUUGAGGCUUCCAGGGAACAUGACCAGGCAACAAAAAUAUGCCAGAGUUGAGAUGAUUGUUAAGGAACUUGGCCUGGAAAGAUGUCGUCAGACCAGAGUGGGAGGAGGUUUUGUUCAGGGAAUAUCUGGAGGAGAAAGAAAAAGAACCAGCAUUGGCUCUGAAAUUCUGGUUGAUCCUUCUUUAUUGUUGCUUGAUGAACCAACCUCAGGGCUUGAUUCCACCUCUGCCAGCAAACUACUCCAAAUUCUUCAAAAACUUGCACAGGCAGGAAGGACAGUGAUCACAACAAUCCACCAGCCAUCAAGCAGAAUGUUUCACAUGUUUGAUAAACUUUUGCUAAUAUCACAAGGCUAUCCAGUAUACUAUGGGAAGGCUAGAGAGUCUAUGGGCUAUUUUUCAUCUUUGAGCUUCAUCCCAGAAAUAGCAAUGAAUCCUGCAGAGUUCUUGCUGGAUUUAGCAACAGGCCAGGUGAAUGACAUCAGUGUUCCUGAAGCUUUAAUGGCUUCUCAAGGAGCUUCUGAUUCUGAAAGGGCUAUCAUCAAAUACCUGCAACUCAAAUACAGAACUCAAAUAGAGCCAAAAGAGAAGGAAGAGAAUCAUAGAAACACAAAAGCACCAGAGGAUCUUCAAGUGGCUAUCCAAGUUAAGAAAGACUGGACACUGUCCUGGUGUGAACAGUUCAUGAUCAUUUACAAGAGAACUUUCAGAGAAAGGUGUAGAGAUUACUUUGACAGGCUAAGACUGAUUCAAGCUAUUGGAGUUGCUGUAUUGUUGGGCCUUCUUUGGUGGAAAUCCAGCACUGCCACUGAGUCUCAGCUCAGAGAUCAAGUUGGUCUAUUGUUCUACAUAUGCAUUUUCUGGACAUCGUCAUCGAUAUUCGGAGCGGUCUAUGUGUUUCCAUUUGAAAAGAUUUAUUUGGUGAAAGAAAGGAAAGCAGAUAUGUACAGAUUAAGUGUAUAUUAUGUCUGCAGCACUCUGAGUGACAUGGUGGCACAUGUUUUCUAUCCGACAAUGUUCAUGGUUAUUGUAUACUUCAUGGCUGGCUUCAAAAGAACAGUUCCCUGCUUCUUCCUGACACUGUUUGCUAUAGUUCUGAUAGCUGUUACAAGCCAAGGGGCAGGAGAGCUUUUUGGAGCUGCAGUUUUGAGUAUUAAGAGAGCUGGAAUGAUUGCUUCUUUGAUCCUGAUGCUGUUUCUUCUCACAGGAGGCUACUACGUCCAGCACAUACCAAAAUUUAUGCAGUGGUUGAAGUACCUCUCCUUCAUGUACUACGGGUUUAGACUGCUUCUAAAAGUGCAAUAUUCUGGAGAUCAGUUGUAUGAAUGCGAAAGCAAAGGAGGAUGCCGGACAUUGCAGAGCUCACCUUCAUUCAACACAGUGAACCUGAAAGGUGGCUUGGAAGAAGUUUGGGUGCUACUAGCCAUGGCCCUGGGAUAUAGAAUUUGCACAUACUUUUGCCUUCGCAGGAGGAUUAAUGUAUGUCAUUUUUAAGUGGAUCAUACAGACACUGACAAGAUAAGAAGAUCAUAAUAAUGAAGAUGAAACAUCUUCUUGAAAAUGCUGAAUGGUGUUCACUUGUACAAAACUUCCUGGAAAUUCAAACAAUCCUAUACUGAAUUUCAAAGAGUUUUAAUUUCCUCGACACUCCUGAAAAUUAUUUUUAUAAACUAAUUUUUUAUUGUUUUCUAUUAUUUCAUUUUAUGUGACACUAUAACACACAAAGAGGAUACAGGCAAACCAUGGAGAAAUUUUUACUUUGAAUGAAAGAAGAUUAUUACAAGGUGA